AUGGCUAGACGAUCAAAUCGAAUACAGGCGCGAGGUAAGCUGAGAGAUAAAGGAGAAAAUGAGAGCCUCUCACCCUCAAACGAUGGUUAUUCAACGCUCCUAUUUUACGUGACGUCCAAAGUGGCUGCGAGCUAUCGUCGUCCAAUUGAACCUCAAGUAAACUGGCUUACUCAUCCACAAAAGACCUCAUCAGCCUUUAUCUGUAUUCUCCAUCACAACAUCAUAUGGGACCGCCUACACAUUGAGCUUGUAUACCUAGUACUUAACACGCCUUCAGAUUCAUUAAAAAUUGAGGGCAUAAUACUCAUUUUACGAAUAGAUUCCGCGGCUCGUCGCCACGCUUGGUACAUCAACUCAAAAAUGGUCCUCCCGGCUCUAUCUCCUGCCCAGACAGAGGCGCUGCGGCUCAUUGACGAAGCACAUUCACAGGAUCCAAAUAGAAUUGAUGGGCCAGAAGGCGUGAAAUCGGUUCCAUACGAGCUGCACUACGCACAGAAAAUGACGAAGUGGCUCGAAUCUCGAUGUCCAGACGCCUCUCCAACUCUUCAAAUUGCUUGUAGAGCUCAACAUUUCCGACGGUGCGUCUCUGUUUUCAGUCCACAAUUUGUUGUACACCUCCAAAGCUGGCUUCCAAUAUUUGGUUUCCAUCACGAAAUAUUAUGA